AUGGUGAAAUUAGCAUCGGCGCGGGAGAUGCGAUUGUACGGGCCUCGGCUGACCCGAAACCGAUUGGAGUACAUCAACGCGGGUCUAUACUUGUUCGCUACCAUAUUGCUGGUGGGUGGGUUCGCUGCUCAGUUCUCGAACGAGCAAUUGUCCGGUUUGGUUCUGUUGUUGAUAGCGUUGGCGAUGAUUGUUGUAGUGAAUGUGCAUGAUCUUCUAGCUCACCUCGCUGGAAUCGACUAUAGAUUUCUAUUGCUCGGAUUUGAUCCACAGCUUCCCCUCGUCGAAUUCGCUGUGCCCGUAGUUCAGUCCGUAGGAACAAUUCUCAACUUCUUAGCCAUUCUUUUUCUCUUCACUCAGGCAGAAAAGGGGUAUGGCAAUUACAAAAUGGAGAGGCAAGCUGUGAGUCUGCUUAUUGCUGGCCCUGCUCUAUGGCUGCUUGGUUCAAUCCAUAACUCGUGUCAGAUUUACGAAAGAGCGGAUGGGCAUGUCCAAAUCUUGCAACAAAGUGUCAACAUCCCCUUCUUGUUGGGCAGUUUACUGUUUCUGGUAGGAUCACUCCUCAAUUGGAGAGAGCAGUCAGGAUAUGUCCACCAUGGCUUGAAAUUGUUAAGUGAAGACUGGAUGUUGUUCGGGUUAUUUGGGAGUUUAUUGCUGUUCAUUGGAGGAUUAAUGAAUGUGGUAAAAGUGUUCAAGAUGCAACAAAUGAGUGGAUUGAGACUAGAAAAGCUACGAGGCGGAGCACAAGACCGAUUGAUACAAGAAAGGGAGGGGCAAAUGCCACUGCUAAUAGAAGAGCAAAGACGAAGGAGACAGUCAUCGGUGGAGGAGGGGCAAAUGCCACUGCUAGUAGAAGAGCAAAGGCGAAGGAAAAGGUCGCCAGUGGAAGAAACAACAUCCUCUACCGUUGCCCCAACUCCUUACAAGGAUGUUCUUGUUGGUCAGGCUUGAGAGUUUAUGACUCUAUAUGCAGCGAUUGGACAGUCGUGCGCCAUGAGGCUAUACAGAGGAUUUGCAAUUUAGCUCAUUCUUGCUGCCUUAUUAUAUGGUGCUGAUUUACGUGCUUAUUGACAAAAACUGUUGAGGGGUGGUUUGGCAUACAAUCACACGAUUGUUUAAUUUACUUGAAUUUGAUGUUGUUGAAUAAUGUGGAUCAUGAUCACGUACAUAUUUGAUUCAAAGUUUAGUAUGGGUCAUAGGGACACUGGCCAGAUGUUACAUUUGUUAUGUAAUCUCGAAUUUUGGUUUUCCCUAAUGCAGA